CUGACUCCAUGGUUGACCCUCCUAGUAUAAAUUGGUCUCGCCACUCCAAUCACUUCACCAUCUCUCUCUCUCCCCCUCUAUCUCUCUCUCACUAAAUUUAGCAGCUUCAUUAUAACUUCUGUUUUUCAGAUCUUCCAAAUCCAGUGAAUUAAAUGAAGAAAGUUGUGUUGUUGUUGGACGUACACGACGACAGGUCCAAGAAGAAAGCCAUGAGGGCAGUCUCAGGGCUCGAAGGGCUAGAUUCGAUCUCGAUGGACAUGAAGGACAAGAAGCUGACGGUGACUGGGGACAUAGAUCCAGUGAACUUGGUGAGCAAGUUGAGGAAGCUAUGCCGCACUGAGAUAGUGUCGGUAGGACCAGCAAAAGAGGAAAAGAAGAAGGAAGAGCCAAAGAAAGAGGAACCCAAAAAGGGUGGGGAGAAGAAGAAAGAUCCAAAAGAUGAAGUGGCUGAGCUUCUCAAGGCCUACAGUGCAUACUGCCCACCAAUGAGUACGCAUUAUUAUGUGAGAAGUGUGGAGGAGGAUCCCAAUGCCUGUGUCAUCUGCUAAUCUAAGGGUUAGGAAAGAUUAAAGCCAAGAUGAAUAAUGGUUCAGAUGGAUAAUUUUGAUAUUGUUCUAAGAAGAGAGAGGCCAUAUUGUACAGUAGGGGGUGAUUUUAUAUUAAUAAUUUCUUUUAUUUCUUUGUUGUUAAUCUUGGAAUGGAACUAGAAGAAAAGUAAGCUUAUGUUAGUGGCUUCUUUGGUGUGGGACUCCAGAUUUAUAUUUUUCCAACUGUUGGAUGUGGUAUUACUAAGAUGAUUAAUGAAAUAUUGUAACAGUUAGCUGUGUGCUAUCUUCAUUGA